AUGCCACCCUCUAGUGCAACAGAGGUUGAAAAGGCCCAAAACAAUGUGGAUGAUGUGAAGCCGUCGUUGUCACAAGCGUCCGAACGGGAUGAUACACAAAAUCAUGAGUUUAAUUUAAGCGCGGCGCUCGCGGAUGCGGUCGAAGCUAUCACCUCUGGUUCUAUGGCACAAGUCGCCGAAGAGAUCGACAAAGAGGAAGCAACCGAGAUGAACGAUGCGCCACUUUAUGCUUCUUCUGAGUCGGCUGCGGAUAAUCUGCAAAAGGAUGCGGUCAACUCUAUUCCUGCCACGGAGGAUAAGCCUACGGCCGAUCCUGCGCCUACAACUUUACGUACGGAUGUGGAUGAGCGGAUGCACUAUGGUGCACCACACGCUCAAGAAACACAAGUGAUUCGUGCCGGACUUGCUGAUGACGACCAUACCAUUAUGAGCACGACCGCCGCCGAGAACAAAGGAAAAACGGCGAACAAUGAAAAUGCAAACAAUGUAAAAGACUAUGAAAAGCAAGACUCGGAAAAUGAGAGGAAAGAGGAGGAGGAAGAGGAGGAAGAGGAGAAAGAUGAGAAAGAGGAGGAAGAAGAUGAAGAAGAGGAUGACGUGAAGGAAGAAGAGGAGGAGGAAGAGGAGGAGGAAGAUGAGGAUGAAGAGGAGGAUGAGGAAGAAGAGGAGGAGGACGAGGAUGAGGAGGAAGAAGAGGAGGAAGAGGAGGAAGAGGAGGAAGAGGAGGAAGAGGAAGAGGAAGAGGAAGAGGAAGAGGAAGAGGAAGAGGAAGAGGAAGAGGAAGAGGAAGAGGAAGAGGAAGAGGAAGAGGAAGAGGAAGAAGAAAAAGUCAACAACUACGAUGACGAAUUGGAUGAAGAAAAAGACACCAACACCCUUUCCCACCCACCUGCUUCCCAGCCCCGCUCUUCACCCGAGGUCGUCGUCAUUGACGACUCCGACGACGAGCCACCCCCUCCCCCUCGCAAACCUUCACCCCCUCCUCCUACCCAAGAACUUACAUCCCUCUCUCUGCAACCUCAGCGCAAGUCUCAAUUCAGUCCAAAUUAUGCCUCGCUCUCUGUGUCGUCCCCCAUCCCCAAGCGUCUCUUUCGUAUUGCGCCGUCGACAAAGCGCAUGGGCUUCCAGGCCCGCGAUAUGCGCCACCCAUCCCGCCCUGCCUCAUCGCUAAGCACGCGCCGCAAAGCACCUCUUGCCCAUGAGGAGUUCAAGGCUGGAAUACAAAGCCGGCAACAAGCACGUAUCGCUUCGAUGAUCUACGAUACGUACCGUGCAAUUGUGCACGGCCACAAGUCGCCUGCUGCCUUUGACGACUUCCAUGGCCUGGUGAAGAAGCGCAUGCAUGUCCAGCACCUCUUGGACCUGGAAACUCUGCGCGUCCAUCCGAAGCAUGCCCCUCAACUCGACGAGCAGGCUUAUACCCAGCGUACGCUCGAUGCGCUACGCGCGCGUGAAGCGCAUGCGCGCGCACGUCUCCCUCCUCGCGCAGUCCCCGAGGCAGAGCGCCUUGCGUCGCUCCGUGCGGAGCGUGCCAAGCGGCGUGCAGAGCACGGCAUUCUCGGCCGCAAGUCGCUGCCGCAAGGCCUCCCUGAUGCGCUCGAAGCGCAGGUGCGUUCGACGUUCCAGCAACGUGGCGUGAUUGCUAGCAUGACCGGUGCGCAAGUUGAAUCGCACGACCUGGCUAAGCUGCGCCCCGGCCAAUGGCUUAACGACGAAGUGAUCAACUUUUAUGGCAAUCUGAUUAUGCAGCGCGCCAAUGACGCCGAAGCCAAGCGCAGCACAGCCCGCGAAAAGAACGAGGCGCCGCCAGCCGACUGCUGUGGUUACUGGUCGGUUCACUUUUUCUCCUCCUUCUUCUGGCAAAAGCUGCAGUCACAAGGCUACAAAGGCGUGCAGCGGUGGUCACGGCGUGUCGAUCUCUUUACAAAAGAUUUGAUUCUACUCCCAAUUAACCUCGGGCAAGCCCACUGGGUCUGUGCUGCGAUCAACCUGCGCUUGCGCCGCUUUGAGUACUAUGACAGUAUGGCAAUUGCGCGCCCCAACGUCUUUGCGACGCUCCGGAGCUACCUGGCCGAUGAGCUCAAGGCCAAGCAUCAGCUCACGCUCGACCUGAGCGACUGGGAGGACUUUUUUGCAGGCGACACGUCGCCGCAGCAAGCCAACGGCUACGACUGCGGCGUCUUUGCCAUCCAGACCCUCGAGCAACUCAGCCGGCGCGAUCCUCUUGAAGCGAUGCCUGCGCCCCUGAGUGCAGCGCUCUUUGACCGCCCCGCAGACGCCAAGGCUCUGCGCGCAGAGCGCGAGGCGCACGCGGACGACUAUGCGUGGAAUUUUGCGCAGGAACACAUGCCGUAUCUCCGCCGCCGCAUGGCCUGUGAGAUUGCAUCGAAGCGAUUGCUUGAGUAG